UCCCUCGUUGCGACAGGGGGUAUAAACGUGCGCGCGCUCUCUAGUGUGUUUUCGAGUAUCUAUCGCGCAACGCUCGAGUGUGCGUAUGUGUGAGAUAUUUUUCGUCGACUGUAGGAGUAAGUUCGAGGUGGUAGAGUGGCUGCUCUGUGUACCGACGUCGGACGUCGCGCCCGCCCGUCGUGCGUCGUUCGUGUGCACCAGCGGUGGUCGAUCGCGUUUUGCGCGCGGCUUCGGGACAGGAAAAAGCUCUGAAGCGUGAAGCUGCUCGACUUUUGCGGUUGAACUCGGGAUAAUUCGUGAGGGCUCGAAGUGAAAAGAGAAUAAUAACGAGAAGAGAGGAGAGAGCCCGGGAAACCGAGGGGAACCAAAGGAAGAAGCAGCAGGGUGUGGAAAAAGGGAGACGGUCUCUUGGGCUUGUGUGUGUAUGUGUGUGUGUGUGUGUCAGUGCGUGUGCGAGUGAGCGCGGGCGUGAGAGUUAGCGAGUGCGGGCAUACGCGUUGUACACAAUAGUCCUCGAUGGAAUCCCGUGCGAGUGAUCUCAUUUAUUUUCGUUGAUUUUCGAGAGGAAAAGUGUCGGACUAAUUAAAGAGAGAGGGCUGACGUUUGUACGCGAAGGAGCAAGAGUGCAAAUCUGUAUAGUUAUACACAUUUGUAUAAUCGAGAGCGAAGGCAGCGCUGGAUAACGGGGCGGCGGGGACAAGAUACUUCCGGUGGAAGCAGCCGAGGGAGGAAUAAGAGGAGGACAGGACAGGGUUUGCGCCGCGGAGCGAACGACGAACGGGAAAUAAAUAGUACAAGUUUCGUGUCUGAUCCGGGGAAUUGACUAAACUAAACGAAAGGAGGAGGAGCCAGCAUCUCGUUCUCAUGAGAAAAACGAUGGUUUUUGACAUUCGCAUGAACGACGAAUCGUAAAAUCGGGGAUCGGCAGCAAAUAAAACGUGUUGUUUGAACAAUAAAAAGAUCGAAUGAUCGUUGCCCGACGUUCGAGCGAAAAAGGUAGUCGUCGUGGUGGCAUUAGCGACCGCGCGCACGCACCCCGAAACUUCACAACAGCCCCAUAACAAGAAGAAAAACCCCCGUGAAAGGAUAAAACAGCGAUAUCGCAAGUGCACCGUUCCAAUAAAGAAGAAUAAUAAGAAAGAGAAAAAAAAGCAAAUAUAGACAUAGAACGCGAGAGUCGAUCACCGCGCGAGCCUUCGGAGGGGGGUGGUGCUCGUUCCUAUUAUAUUUUUUGUUCUCGUAGUGGGCGCUCGCCCCCGCCCUCUCCCUUGAAGAACGCUAUCACCGCGUUUCGCGAUCGUCGUCGUCGUCGUCGUCGUCGUCCUCGUCGUCGCCGCCACCGCUGUUGCGACCGAGCAGGGGAGGGGGCGGCGGAAGAACGAAAGAGAGAGAGAGAGAAAGGGGUUGAUUUUUCGGGGCUCGGGGGAGAGCGGCGAGGAAGAGGGGGCAGGGAGGAUAGCUGCCGAUGCGAGAUCGCAGCUAUUCGGCGCCCAACUCCGUGUCACGGAUGCGCGAACCCGCCGAGAUACUUUGCCCAGUAUACAAGUGAUAUGGUCAGCUGUGAAGUGGGCAAGUGGGCAAGGCGAGCCUCCGGAAAUGCGCCUUAGGCACGUGAAACUCGCGAAACGGGAGUGCCCGUGGCAGAGAAAUGUACGUGUACGGUUUCGAAAUAACGUAGGCAUGUAAUACAUCAUAUAUGUAUAUGUAUAUAUAUAUUUAUUUAUUACUUUAUAUAUAAGUAUAUUUAUAAAUAAAUAUAUAUAUAUGUAUGCACAAUACAUAUACAUAUAUAUAUACACGCGUAUGUCGUACGUCGCGCGGCUCCCGCCCUGCGUAGCUCCACGGUGAAAAUCUGGCGUGAACGGCGCCGCGGCGGAAAGGGGAACAUGGCGUCGGUCUCCGCUGAGACUCCGGAGAGCCACGGUCACAGCUUCAGCAAAAAAACGUUUCACAAAGCAACGUUUUGUCAUAACUGCACCGACCUACACUGGACACUAAAAGGCUACAUCUGCGAAGUUUGCAACUUCGUGGUGCACGAAAAAUGUCUCCAGGCCGUCGUCUCUCCCUGCUCCAGCAUCGCGGCAUGCCUGAUCAAGAACCCGGUCGCACAUUGUUGGUCCGAACCGACGCAUCACAAGAAAAAAUUUUGCAAUGUAUGUCGAAAACGUCUCGAGAACGCCGAGGACAAUCUUUCGGUACACUGCGAAAUCUGCGAGUACUUCGUGCACACGGAGUGUCAAGAUUUCGCAGUUGCGGAUUGCAAGGAAAACGCAACGUAUCUGCCAGGGAAGGACUUGGCGUCGGUGAAGCAUCAGCAUCACUGGCGCGAAGGCAAUCUUCCCAGCAACUCGAAAUGCGCUCAGUGUAAAAAAGGAUGCUUUUCCGCGGAGUGUCUCUCCGGUUUCCGUUGCGAAUGGUGCGGCAUGACGAGACACGCCUACUGUUACAAGGAUAUACCGCAAAUAUGUACUUUUGGAAAUUUGGAACCGAUUUAUCUGCCGCCGCACGCGAUCAGUAUUCCACGAACGGAGGUACCAAUGGAGGCUAUUAUCGGGGUCCAAGUACGACGAAGGGAAGUAUUAACCCAUAACACCGGAGAACAAUUCGAUUUCGCGGAGAGCGAAGGUAUUGGGGCCGCAGGCCAUCUGGCCGAAGCUUUGAGGCGCCUUUCACUAGUUUUGCCACGUAGCUGCCAUGGAAAUUGUCAUGCUUCCCCUUCUUACGUUCGAGCGCGGAGCAUAUCGGAAGAAUUCAGCAGUUCCGAUACCCGAUACCGGGACAACGACGAGCCUACGCAACCGAGCACCGGUGGUCACAGUCGCGACCCGAAAUCUCCGAAGGAAAAGGACGAGAAAGAACGAGGUGACGAAGAAAUGAUCAAGGUGUACGAUGGAAAUAGUUCGGUAAGACGUCGGAUAUUUCGAGUCAUUUCGAUUUCGCGUCAAGCAACAACGGAGCAAGUUCUGACCGCUGCUCUAAGAGCGUUUCACAUCACCAAAGAUCCAAGCAAUUUCUACCUCACGGAUUUAUACGCCGCGGACGAAACGGAACUGUGCGAUCCGAGCCCGAUUAUGAAUCUUCAUAGGAAAGAAGGCAAACGCCGGGCCGUUUUUCUGCGAUACAGGGAUCACGAGAGUGGCGAAGUUCGUGUUUAUCCGGGCAAGCUUCAAGUCUCCCUACCGUUCUGUACAGUCCCGGUCGAUCAGACAACCACCAUCACCGAUCUCAUACGGGAAUCGCUCGUGCGGUUUGAUCGAAAAGACGUCGACGCUGAAGAUUUUCGGUGCAGCGAAGUACUUUUGGAUCGUGGAGUGACGGAGCGAGUGCUGAACGAAGAUGAGAAGCCCUGGGAAAUAGUUAAACAGUUGGGCAACGACUCGAUAAGGCAAAUGGAAUUGAUGAGAUUUUAUCUCCAACUAAAACAAGAUCCGCACGGUCCGAAUCUUGCGCUAUUCGUCGGUAAUUUACCGACUAAUUUAUCAGAAAGAACCUACGAGAAUAAACUCACCGAGUUUCUAGGAAGAGAGAAUAAAUUCUCUUCGAUCGGACCCAUUUAUUACGAGUACGGCUCGAUGGUUAUCACGUACGAAGAUUCCGAUAAAGCAGUUCGGGCCUUGUACACCUUGAGAGAAUCAAAAUACGAGGAUAAACACCUUUUAGUUAUGCUUCUGCCGAGUAUCGAGCCGAGCAUGGUGCCACCCGGUGUUCAACCUCUGUUAGUGUUCGUCAACGUUAAAUCCGGUGGAUGCCAAGGGCUCGCGUUGAUCUCUAGUUUUCGUAAAUUUUUGAAUCCCUAUCAAGUUUUCGAUUUGGAUAACGGAGGACCACUUCCGGGAUUGUACGUAUUUCGACACAUAAAAGACUACAAGAUAUUGGUGUGCGGUGGUGACGGAACGGUCGGUUGGGUGCUCCAAUGUUUAGACAACGUUGGACAAGACAGUGAGUGUUCGUCACCCGCAUGCGCGAUAGUUCCCCUCGGAACCGGAAACGACCUUGCCCGAGUAUUGGGUUGGGGUGCGGGUUACACUGGCGGCGAAGAUCCUCUCAAUCUACUGCGAGACGUAAUAGACGCUGAGGAAAUAAGGCUCGACAGAUGGACCGUAGUUUUUCAUCCCGAGGAGAAGGACGACAGAACGCCUUCGGUCCCCAACAUUGUCGGCGGAGCUGGUACAACGAGCGAAGACAAUACCCAAAUAAUGGUAAUGAACAAUUACUUUGGAAUCGGAAUUGAUGCGGAUCUUUGUCUGGAUUUUCACAACGCGAGAGAAGAGAAUCCCAACAAAUUCAAUAGCAGAUUACACAAUAAAGGCGUAUACGUCAAAAUGGGUUUGAGGAAAAUGGUUAGCAGGGGGUCGUCAGUUUUGCACUUGGAAAGAGUUGUGCACUUGGAAGUCGAUGGCAAAGUUGUCCCAUUACCAGAAGUCGAAGGAAUAAUAUUACUCAACAUUUUGAGUUGGGGCUCAGGAGCAAAUCCAUGGGGACUGGACAGAGACGAAAGAUUUCAGUCGCCAAAUCACUGGGACGGAAUGUUGGAGGUCGUCGGUGUUACCAGCGUUAUCCAUUUGGGUAAAAUACAGUCCGGACUUUCUACAGCAAUCAGGAUAGCUCAGGGUGGCCACAUAAAAAUCCGAUUACAAGUGGAUAUGCCCGUGCAAGUGGAUGGCGAGCCGUGGCUUCAGGGAGCCGGAGAAGUCGUCGUCCUCAAAUCUGCCCUGAAGGCAACCAUGUUGAAGAAAAUAAAGAUCAAGCGUCGGAAUACAGAACCGUCGAUACUGCCCGCUAACGGGGAGGGGGGAAAGAGCACGGAUGAGUAGCAAAAAGGGACGACGAUUCUGCAACUCGCUAGAGGCAGUAGUCAAUCGUUUAAUAUUUUUUGUUGAUGUAAAGUCAUCGUUUUCACUAUUUUCUACUAUCGAAUACAUUCGUCAUGAGAUUUUUAUGGAAUAGAGGGGGAGAGGAGGAACGAGAGAGAGAGAGAGAGAGAGAGAGAGAGGGCAACGACUCAUCCGUGCUCGUGAUAGCAAAAUGUGUAAAUUAGCGUGGAGAGAAAUGUGACGGUGGGGGAAAAAUGAGAGGAUUGGAUAUCGGAUGGGAUUCCAACGAGGAGGCGAGAGACACUCGCCCCGCCAGGACGUCUGUCCAUGGGGAAAUCCUUGAUGCAUGAAUAUAUAUAUAUAUAUAUAUUGAACAAAAAAAUAUCCACUUUUCCCAAAUUCUCCAACACGAAUAUCCCGGCUAUUGAACGAAUAAGGAAUAACCUGAAACGCCCACUUGCCCUACGCAGUUGAAGCUUAUCGUACGACACGUAUUUAUUAUUAUUUAUCAUUAUUACAAUGACAAAGUGUAUGGAAUAGCCAUGCAUUUUUUCGCAUAGCAUUUUUUAUCUCUCGAUAAAGCCGUACGAUCGUAUUUUUUAUUGUAUAUUUUUCCAUUAUUCUCUUACAAUUUGUCUAUAUAUGAGAUUAUUGCGAGUGUGUGGGCGCACGUGUGAAUACAUACGCGGGCGCGCGCGCACAUAAACACGUUUUACUCACCUCACACUUUAUUGUUCCUUUAUUCGAUCUUUCUAAUCGUUCUUUGUUCCCCCCUUUACUUAUCUCAGCAGUAUUCUUGAUUUGUUCACGUGAUUCAUAAAUCUAUAUUCACAGUAUAUGAAUAUAUACGUAUUUAAAAAUAUGCCUCAGUUUCCUCUUUUUAAAAAUACUCGAGGUGGUUCGUUUAUUUUUUUAGUACGGAAAUAACGUUUUGUAUAUCAUUUCGAUCGAUUCCUUUUUACGUGCAUUUCCCUGAUCCUCUUCCCUUCCUAGGCCACGAUGCUGAUGAAGAAGGAGAAGGAGUCCAAGAAUAAAUAAGAACGCGAUAUCGCGGGGGCGUUAAGUCAGAUUGGGCGAGGGCAACGCCACGACCGGAGACCGAUGACUAAAUUGACCGCCGAAUCGCUAUGAAAACUUUUAUGCGGAAACAGACGAGAGAGGGAGAGAAAAGAAUCGAAAAUACGGCAAUGGAAAAAUCUCAAGGUCGAAUGAAAAUCCCGACGAACGUGUUAUGCCCUGUACUGCACCGCGUGCUUGUGAAAUUCAGCGAUAUUAUAUGAUUCCGAAUAGCGCAUCUCGGGCAGUGAAUAUUCCAAGUGAGCGAAAAAAAAAACAGAGAGAGCGAAAGAGUGAAAAUACGAUCGAGAUACGAAUGAAAAUUGUAAUGAAAGGAAUUGCAGGUAAAAAUUUCUUUAAUUCACAAAGAAUGUACUUAUUCAUCAACGUUCCUUAUUAUAAAGUUUUAGUUUUUUUCGUUGUAGUAUCUUCGUAUAAAAGCGCGUUAUUUUAUUCAUUUCGAUAAAAAAUGGAGCAUCAUCGAUAAAGCGGAGAUUUCGUAGCCGUGUAAAAUUAUUGGAUCCAUUGUCGUAUGAGCGAAAACGAAAUCUUCCGUAUUUCUUGAAAUAAAACGAAAAAAAAAAAACAGCUAACAAUUUUCAAUGUUUGAAAGCUUUCGAAGAAAGACCGUUGCAGAGCUUGUGCUACGAAUCUUGCAUUUAUGUUUGUAGCUCGCCAGACGAUCGAACGCUACGGAGGUAACGAGAAAUAAAUUAUGGGGGGGGGGGGGGGGAAAAACAAGGAAAAACCAAAGUAAAUUGUAAUGUAAAUUACGUUCCGUAUGGUAUUUUACCAAAUCCACACAGCAAGUAUCCUGACGUAAAUAGCCUGUCAAAUAUUUAUGUCGUGGGAUUUAAAAAAAUCGGGUGCGAAAGAAGAAAGAGAAAGUCGGUUGUUAUUGAUAUAUUAUUAUAUGAAAAUAUUUACGAUUAAAUAUUAAUAUAUUUACAUACUAUCGUAUUAGCGAUACAAUUUUAAUUUGUGAUUGUUGUCAAUCUGACUGCCGGGCAGUCUGGAAUUAUAUCGUAAAACCAGUCGCAGUCAGUUUUUCCUAGAUCGCAAAAGUAUACAUUGAAAAAAAAAAAUAGGAGCGAGUGUGUGUGUGUGUGUGUGUGUGAGAGAGAGAGAGAGAGAGAGAGAGAAGGCACACGAACGAAAAAAAAAUAGAGUUAUUGUAAUUUUUCCUGUAGAAAGAUUGAUCACGUCAAGACUUGCCAAUUCGUCUCUUUUGAAAAAUUUCGCCGAUCAUUAUUCCUACGACGCGGCGUAGUAAUAAAUAAUAAACAACAUUUUUUUAACAUAAGAAAUGGUGGAAGAAGAAAGAAUGAAUAACGCUACGGGAAUCGUCGAAGAGAGUUGGCAAAUAUGGCCGCAGAAGAAUGAGAGAGCCUGGUUCCCGCAAACUUGAAUGAUAAACGCGUGAAAAAUGUCGAUGUUAAACAGGCAAGUUUGCUCGAGCCAUUCUCAUAGGACGAAACACAUUCCACUGUCACGUGGCAACGAGAAAUUGCGAAAUACAACAAAAUAACAAACAAUUAAGGAGAGAAUACGAAAAUUCAAAUACAAAAGAAUGCAUGCCGGCUUGUCACACAGCUGAUUAAGCAUCGAUAUUUACUGCCUGUAUCAAAUGCUGCGCGAUGUGUAUCAAGAAUAAUCGGGUUGAUCGAAACGAUAAUAUCUCAAUCUCUGGUAAAAAUGUGGUAGUAAUGUUGGUCACGGUGGCGGCACCGCCGUCGUAUAUCGCUCGAUUCCAUUACAGCUUUUCAUCAAUAGCCAGCAGCAGAUGAUCGAUCAUUUGUUUGUCGUAUCGGCUGCCACCGUCUGGAAAAGCUCAAAUUCAAUCAUAAUUCCUUCAAACACUUGAACAAAAUCACUAAAACUUCGCUCCCAAACAUGACAUUCGUGUCGAAUCGUCUGUGAGUUCAAGCGCUAUUUGACCUCGAAGCGAUGCACAAAACCUCUUUAAUUAAUCAAUUUUCAUUUCACUCAAAAUCCAAAAUAAAAACGUGACCACGGGCGAGACGAGGGACAAACUCCUCGAUCCCCUGUCAUUAGCAACAGUUUGUGAAAGACUUUUAAUAAGGUAACUCCUGUACGAAAUAACCGAUACUUCGAGAUUUGACAGUUUCGAAGCGACUGAAGUACACUAAUUUUUCUCAUUUUUACAGCACAGUGUGUACUCGUAACAUACAUACAUGUACAGACAAUGCCAAACGAUGAAAAAUCACGUGUUCACUCAAAUUCGGUCGGCUUGACACGAUUGGUGGUCUCAUCUGUAUAGCUGUUUUCACGAAUCGGGCGGUACACAAACAAACGCGCAUAAGAGCACAAAAACGUAAACACGUUCUAAUACAUAUAAAUAUAUAUACGCAUGAAGAUAUAUUUGUAUAUAUAUUUAUGUAUAUAUCGGCCAGGGUGACUCUCCGCGGCACAAAAAAAAAUGGCACAAACGCGGUGAAUCCGCAAUCACGAAACGAGCAGCACCGACGAGUCAAAAGUUUGAAAGAGAAUCGGAAUAAUAGUCAUUUACGAUUAUUAUUAUUAUUAUUGUGGUUAAUUAUUAUGAUUAUUACUCAUGAGAGGUUAGGAAUAAUGAAAAUUUGCCACGUGAAGGCACAACCGAACUAAAGAACGUGUGUGUGAUUGGCAUCGCAUAUAAUUCGGUUGAAGAUGGACGAUUUCGGUGCCAAACAGAUGUAAAUAAUAAAAUAUAAAGAAAAAAUUGUCGAUUUUAAUAAUCGAAUGUAACACGUGGCUGACGCGAAUUGUAUUUAUUCUCCGAUCAUAGUAUUCGAUAUAUAGUGUAUAUAUAAACAAAUAUAUACAGAUAUAUGAACGAGAGUUUGGCAGAAUAAAGUACAGAUGAUAAAUGUUGCGAUAGCGCGCGCACACGCGUGUGCACACACACACACACACACACACACACACACACACACACACACACGAACAAACUGAACCCGAGAUUAGUCAAAUUUUGCAAAGUUAUAAUAACGAACGAGAUGGAAUUAUAAUCGUGAGAUGAAUUAAACGUAAUUAAGAAAUGAAAAAAUGAACGAAUCGAGGAAUCGGCUCAUGCGAACUAUGUUGGAAACAUUACGCUUGAGCCACUUAUUGCGCAUAAUGAAACAAGAACAAAUAUCAAUGGAGUUUCAAAAGAACAUACAUGCCUUUAUACGCGAAUGUGAGGGAGAGAGAGAGAAAAGAGAACGAUAUUUCUCGAUCUGGGCACACAGGCCAAAAAUAUUCGAGAAAGUGUAGAAAAAAAAACAAAAAGAAAAUAUUUCCAGGAGACAAGUAAAAAAACGAGUGCGAGAAAAUGAUAAAUUGUAGCACCGUUUGAAACGACACGACGUAUACAAACAAAAUGAUGAGAGAGAGAGAGAGAAAAAAAAGAAAAGAAACGUUAGUUUGUGUUAAAAAAGCGCUUGUAGAACGCGCUCUUGCACCUAGUCGACUAAUCCCGUAGACUCCGCUGGAUGUCUUAAAAUUAAUGAUUAUAAAAGAAAUACGAAAAACAAAUGAACAACCAGCCAGCGAAAGAAUACAAAACCGACAAACACUCGGGGCAAGUUUCAUUACUACAAACCCAAAUUAUGAAAACGAACAAGACAUAUAUAAAAUAAAACCAAUGAAAAAAGGAAAGAAAAUAAUAAUAAUAACAAUACAACAGACGAAGGCCUUCGUUUCCGGAUAAACGAAUGGCGUUCUCUUAUCUCUAACCUGCCGCAGAGGAAAGGGGCCUCUGCUUAUUAUGCAUGGUAUCCGGUUAAACUUGCAUAAUACGUCAACUCUACGGCAGAUUGGCGAAAUAUACAUUUUGUUUAUCUGACCAAAGGAAUCUGUAAUACUGUAAUACUUGCUGUUGCUAUAAAAGAAUAGAGGAAUAAUAAGCUAUGAACAAUCUACGUAUAAAUAAUUGAAUGUAUGUGCUACAUGAAAAAAAAAAAAAAAUGAAAAAAAUGAAAAAAAAUCACAAAAAAAUAAAACCGAGAAAAUCGUUUGCUUGAAAAUUUUCCCGUAUGUGAUAUACUUUCGCCAUGUUCGUUUACGUCUUUCGGCGCUCUCAUUGGUACAUAUAUGCAACGACCAAUCAACGAGCCAAACGCAAAUUCUUUCGUCCCGUCGAACCACCAGAGUCCGCGAACGACGUUGAUGAACAUUGCGAUUUAUUAUUCUCCAUAUCCAAAAUCUCGAUAUUCCAAAUUUUCUGUUUGAACAAAUAAAGGUAUACACUUGAAUAUGAAA